AUGUUUGGCCAAAUCGUGGUCGGUCCUCCUGGCUCAGGGAAGUCUACCUAUUGCAACGGGAUGCUACAAUUUUUAUCAGCAGUUGGGCGAAAGUGUUGCAUUGUGAAUCUCGAUCCUGCUGCAGAAUAUCAAUCAUACUCUCUGUGUGCUUUGGACAUUCGUGACCUCGCAUCUUCUGAGAAGAUCAUGAGGGAAAAUAAUCUUGGUCCAAAUGGGGCCCUUCUUUAUGCUUUAGAAUGUAUUGAUGGUGCUACAUUAGAUCGCUUUAUUAAUACCGUUGCUAAUUUGAAUAAGGCAGGUAACUAUCUUAUAUUCGAUUGCCCUGGCCAGGUAGAGCUCUUCACCCAUCAACACUCAUUGUUCCGCAUCUUCCACAAACUCGUCUCCAAGUUCGACGCAAGGCUAUGCGUUGUCUCUUUGGUUGACUCGAUCUACUUGACAUCUGCAUCGCAAUACAUUUCUAUUACGCUAUUGUGUCUACGUUCCAUGCUACAACUUGGUUUGCCACAAGUGAAUGUCAUAUCUAAGAUUGAUAAAUUAAAAGAAUACGGGUCUUUAGCAUUACCUCUAGAUUUUUAUGCUGCAGGUGAAGACCUUCAUCUUCUCAACCCCUACAUUGCACUAGAACUGAAAAGCCAAUUAGGGAGAAACUUUACAAGGCUCACUGAGCUUGUUGGCGAAGUUGUGGAGAAUUUUGGUCUCAUAAGGUACGACGUCUUGUCAAUUGAAGAUAAGAGCUCGAUGAUAAAUCUAUUGGAGAAGAUCGAUAAGUCAAAUGGUUAUGUGUUCGGUACAAAUGAAAUCGGUGGUGAUACCGUUUGGCAAGAGGCGGUUCACAAUGGACGUCGCAUCGGUGAUGAGCCUACUCUCCAGGAGCGCUGGAUAGACCAAAAAGAACAUUUUGAUGGUCUACAGUACAAAUAA